AGGCAAACCCCCAUAGGAUCUCAAUAUUGAUAUUUUGAGUGAGAGCCCUUACUCUUAGCAUGUAGUACAGAGGAUUGUGGAAAUCUGAUUCUUCUUUCAUGUGAAAAAGGACAUAUGACAGAAGAAAUUGGUGAUCGCCUUUUCUCCUAUAAUUUCUUCUGCAUGCGGGUAAAGACAUAAAGGGAAAAUUGCCUGGUUGCUUUUAAAAGCGUCUGUAUACUUCCGGUGUCAUGGCAGCGCCCAUGAUCGUUCAUGACAACAAUCUAAUUUGCUAUUUCUUCUCGGACGUUAGUUAUGUGGUGUGUCAAUGAAUACAGCUUUCUCGAUUCAGAAUAAAAGCAAGGACAUAUCUGACAUGGAGGACCUUCACAAAUUUCUGCAAAAAUUUGAGCAGACAUCUUCUCCAGAAGAACAGGAGAAAUACCUGGAUGCUAUUAUAAGUUUGAUCAGUGACAGAAAUAAGGAUGAUGAAGAGGAUAUUCCACAGGCAAUUAUGAAAAGCCAUUUUAUGUCAAAGCUGUUUCCUUGUCUGCAAGAAACAGCUUUGCAUACUUCCUUGACAGCCAAAAGUGCCCAGCUCAUUGCAGAACUUGCAAAAACUGAAUCUUUACGCGUGCCUCUGGUCAAAAUGAGUGUGGUCAGUCCCCUGUUAAAUUUGCUGACAGCGUCAGUGGCAUCUCCAGCUGUUGCUACACAGGCAUGUCGUGCACUUGGAAAUAUCUGCUUUGAUAAUGACGAGGGUCGUGCCGCAGUGAAUGAGGGGGGCGGCAUGGCUGCCUUGCUUAGCCUGUUGCAGCGCUAUAUCAGCAGCACUGAGGACGGAGCCUGCAAGCUGAGAGUUAUCGCCUGCGGCUUCAUCUUAAAUCUCACUAACGAGUGUGAAACGCUGCAGGAGCAGGCGGUGAAGGCUGGAGUGCUGGGCUUGCUGGACCAGUGUCUCCACCAACACCCCGACGACGAGGACCUAGUGAACAUGGCGAUGGCCUCCAUCAUCAGCAUCGCCGACUCAGAGAUGGGUCGCAAGCAGGUAUGUGAGACAGGUAUCUUGGACACUUUGCUGGAGGUGGUAGAGCGGGAGGAGACAGGUGCCUCCCUGUGCCAGGUGCUGGAGCAGCUCAACAGUCUGGCAGAGAAUGUGGAAACAAUGAGGAAUCGACUGGCAGAGGGAAGUUUACCUUCACACCUUGUCCGCAUCAUUCAGUUCAAUUCAGGAAAAGGAAGUCAAGACCGUGAAGAGUGUGUGAAACUGUCCUCGGAUCUCCUCUUGUCUCUGCUAGUUGGAGAUGGCAGCAUGGAGAAGUUGUAUGGUGGAGGUGAGGGCAUGGUGUUCAAGCAGUGUGUGCAGUGGCUGGAGGCAAAGUCUGAUAGCCUCAAAGUCCUGGGUGCCCUGGCUGUUGGCAAUUUUGCUCGCAGUGAUGCUCACUGUAAGCAGCUGGUGGACGUUGGUAUUGUGGAGGCUCUUCUGUCAGGUCUGGCUGCUGGUGAUGGUGCUGAGCCCAGCUUUACACUUCAACACGCAGUACUCAGCUCUCUCCGCAACUUAGCCAUUCCAGCGAGCAAUAAGGCUCGUCUGCUAGAAGCAGGAGUCAUGCGCGCAGUGCUGGAACUCAAACACACAGAGGUCAUGGCGGUGGUCUUCAAGCUGCUGGGAGUUCUGCGCAUGCUUACUGAUGGACAAGAGGCAGCAGCCCUUGCACUUGGUCAAGAUCAUGAUUUCCUUGUCUGUCUUGUGGAUUGGUGUGCUGUGGAAGAACAUGCUGGUGUCAAAGGAGAAGCAGUCCGUCUCCUGGCUUCAAUGAUCAAGAACAGCAAGUCAUCACAAGUGAUGCGUAACAUUGUGCGGGAAGAGGGUUUGCCUCACCUGGUGAGCAUGGCAACUUCAGAGCAUCUUGUGAUGCAGAAUGAAGCACUGAUUGCUCUCACCUUGGUAGCAUCAACUAUUCCUGGAGAUGCUGCUGUGUCGUUGAAGGAGGCUGACUUAGUGGGGACCGUGUCAGGGCUUGUAAAGAACAAAAGUGCUCCUGCUGAACUCUUGUGCAAUGUUCUCACCCUGGUGCGCAGCCUAUCAACUGCAGCUCCCCCCACUGCCUCCCCAUCCCUCCCCUGCAGUCUUCUGGUCUGCGCAGGUCUCAUGCCUGACGUGCUCAAUAAUCUUCGACAAGACCUAGUUACUUCAGGACUGCUUGAGCAUUUGCGCUGGAUGAGUGGUGAACACAGUAACCAAGGGGUCAAAGAUGCAGCCACAUCCACAUUAGCUGUGCUGGAGGAGGAACUGAACAGAUGACAAGCUCAGACCAUUGCUAAGUAGUUUUGGCUGAUGUCAUGGAAAACCAGAGAACAAGCUCAACAUCAUCCAUACAGUAACAGCUGUGGAGAGAUUGAAUUGGUUCAUCUGCCUCUAAAACUGGAAACUUCAUAGCUGAUACAAAACGUUCUGUAAACUACACUACAACACAGCUUGUAAAAAGGUGGUCGUACUUUGUUGUCAUUUUCAGCAUAUUGCUCACCUAGUCAAAGGCUCCAGUGAAUGCUUUUAAAAUCCAUUUGCUUUUUUUGUGCAUAAAUAAUAAAUUUUUAUAAAUGUUAAGCUGAAACCAUUUUGGUAUGUGAAAAAAAUGCUGGACUCCAAAUGACUUUGAACAAAUAAACCUGUUGAAAGUGGACUUUGAGUUUUCAAUGUUAUCAGUGCAUACUACUAGCAUGUGCACAAGAAUUGUCUACUCUUGUAAAAGUUCCAGAGACAUUGUCUCCUCAUUGACUAAAAAUUCUGGAGCUGUUAUCUUCUCACUGAAUAGACAUUCUGCAAUCAUCUGUUCAUUGAGUAACAUUCUGCAUAAAGAGGAUACUCAGGUGCUUACAAGCCAAGUAGCUGGGAAACACUCAGCAACAUGAUGACAACGUCAACUGUCCAUGACAGAAGGACAUGACAAAUGUCACAUAAUGAUAGCAAGGUAACUCAUACUGACAUGAUUUGUCAAUUGUUACAUAAUGACAGGCUGAUGACUUGCUGAGGAUUUUGUCUCUCUUUGACACAAACUUUUGAACAUCAAGAAGCAAGAGAUCAUUCUUGAUCCUGUGAUUCACUUCCUUCUUGUCUGAUGUCUUGUCUGCUUUUCCUAGAGAUAUCAGAUAUCAUGCACUUUGUCUUGAAUUCCACAGUGGCCGUUGUGUCCAUUCUUGUUAGGGUCCAUAACAUUUACUUGAAAUAUUUUAUUUCAAGCUUAAAUAACUCAUAUGUGUAUGUUAUCUAAUAGAAUGAUUUACCUUUUGGCUUUGUUCAUGGUUGCUGAAAGAAACUAAGUAUUUUGAAAAGUAAGAACUGUUUUAUCAGUAGAACAAAUGUGGUUGAGAAAAUGAUUUGCUAUUUACUGUAGAAGUCUUCCAAAAAGCAAUAUCUGCAGAAGGUGAGAAGAUUCUGUUACAUUCCUCACACAUUCAGUCAACUUGUCAAGCGAUUUCACGUUUUGUGUGUAGACCAGUACUUUAAGAUAUUACCUGGCAUAUUCCCACCUGUGCAUCUGUCUACAAGUGUGCCAGGGGUAGAUGCAAGUGGCAGGUAAUAGAAAGUGGUGUCAGACCUAAUUAUAGUUAGUAAUUAUAGUAAGUGGCAGGUAAAUGAGGCAAAGGUAUCUGGUUAUGGAAAGUGGAAGAUAAUUGAUAAUGUGUCAGGUACUUAAUAUUACCUAAAAGUAUUUUACAGCACUUUUUUCUGGAAUUACAAUUUGUUGUAUGGUGUUUGCCUAAAUUUGCAAAUGACUGAAGAAAAGAAAGAAAUUGUUUGUAUCAUAAUAAAAAUACUGUUAUUUAAUGUGUGCCACAUAUAGCUUGCACUAGAGUUGAAUUUCACCAUAGUAGGUGUAAACAGAAGAAAAUAUGAGGAUACUGGGUACUUGAGCAUACUUAGCACGUAAGACCAGAUCUUAAAUUUACUCUGGUAUAUUUAGCAAUGUUGAGCAUAAGACCAGGUCUGAAAUGUUCAUUGAGAUGUAGAGUAUAUUCAAAAUAUGUGCAUAUGAAUAAAUUACUGAUAUGUCCCUUUUUCAUACAGUGUUAUGUGUAAACAUAAGUGGAAAAAUUGUCCAGCAUUGCAGAUAGAUCAAGAAACAUGAAGUGACUUUGUUUCUGAUGGCUAGCCACCUGGCUUGUUACAUUUGCAUACACUGUGUGGUCUUUUCAUUUCUGCAUUUCUUGUCAGGCUUGGAUCUGAUUGUGUGCUCAGCCUGCUAACAGUAGUCUACUUUGUGCUGCUGGUCUCACCCCCACAGUGGUCAGACUUUGCUUGGUCUCAAAUAAACAGUGGCAGACUCCAUGUUCAACUGAUCUCAUUUCAUGCAUGUAUAUUCUUCGUGUUUUGAAAAACUGGCUUUGUAGUCUACUGCAUUCCUGCUUAUCUUCCAAGCAGCUUUAGACAAUAAAAUACAUUUGAAAAAUGA